UAACCACCCACCCAAUCAUUGGGCUUUGGCGGUCCCUUAAUGGGCCUAAGGCCCAUUACUUCAACUCUCUAUAUAUAAGCCCAUCUUCAAAGCAAUGCUAACUCAACCUUCUCCGAGUUGCCCAUCAAGUGUUCGACGAAAUGGUGAAGCUAGCAUUCGGCAGCGCCGGUGACUCCUUCAGCGUGAGCUCGCUCAAGUCCUACUUGGCCGAGUUCAUUGCCACCCUCCUCUUCGUCUUCGCCGGCGUUGGCUCGGCCAUAGCUUACGGUAAGCUGACGGCUGGGGCGGCGCUGGACCCGGCGGGGUUGGUGGCGGUGGCCGUUGCGCACGCGCUGGCGCUGUUUGUUGGGGUGUCGAUGGCGGCGAACAUAUCGGGCGGGCACUUGAACCCGGCCGUGACGCUUGGGCUGGCCAUCGGCGGGAACAUCACGAUAUUGACCGGGAUUUUCUAUUGGAUUGCUCAGCUCCUCGGCUCCACCGUUGCAUGCCUUCUCCUUAAGUUUGUUACUAGCGCUGCGAUCCCAACGCAUGGAGUAGCGGCGGGGAUGGGAGAGAUAGAAGGAGUGGUGAUGGAGAUCAUCAUCACCUUCGCCCUAGUCUACACCGUCUACGCCACCGCCGCUGAUCCCAAGAAAGGAUCUCUCGGCACCAUCGCUCCAAUCGCCAUCGGCUUCAUCGUCGGCGCCAACAUCCUCGCUGCCGGCCCAUUCAGCGGUGGAUCCAUGAACCCAGCUCGAUCCUUCGGUCCAGCCGUCGCCAGCGGUGAUUUCUCCGGCCAUUGGGUCUAUUGGCUUGGCCCUCUCAUCGGCGGUGCUCUCGCUGGGCUUAUCUAUGCCGAUGUUUUCAUUGCUAGUUAUGAUCCUAUUCCCGCUCAAGACUAUCCCUAAUUUAUCAAACUUUUUCUUCUUGAUUUGGUUGUUGGUAUUGUGACAAAGUGUUCACUUUCUCUCUUUUGCUUUCAUCUUUGCUUAUUUUGGGGUUGUACUUGUUUUUAUCAUCAGUUAUUGUUGUGAAUAAACCUUCCGCUUUUUAUUUUUAUUG